GUAUCAGCAGCACUCAAAUUUAAGUACGGUGAUGAGGUGACUACGAAGCUACAGACUUCAGUGGGAACAAAAGAAAUACUACUAAGAGGACUGUUUUAUUUUUAUUUUUAUUUUAUUUUUGUUGUUGUUGUUGUUGUUGUUGUUGUUGUCGUCGCUGUUGGCUGCUUAAUUUGUUUUCACGGUUAGGGAGAUGGAUCUAGAGCAGGUCCUAAAAGGAGUUGAACACAGUGGCCUGACUAUGGACAGUUCUUGACCCGCAACAUGUGGGUUUGUAUGAAAGUCCAGUAGAAGUGUGAAUACAUGUGUCUGCUUUUGUCUACAUGGCAUUUUUGCCUCUAUGGUAAAAUAUCCUCUGGUAUCUCUGAAUGUUUGCAAGUGGAAGCCCAUAACCUGUGAUCCCUGCUACAUGUUUGCAUAAGGCUGUUUGUUAGUGUGCAAAAAGAGGAAGAGCAAUGUCGCAGGUGGACUUGGUCGUGAACGCCGAAGUGGGUGAUUGGGGUUACAGUGAAGAUGCUGGUGAGAGGGUGUGGCUUUUACAGAGCCCCAGUGUGGACUCAAUUCAGCCUACAGGCCAAUCACAACAGCGCAAGGGUGGGACUUCAUCAUUUGGAGCAGUCUUCAUAGUGGUGAAUGCUGCCUUGGGGGCAGGGCUUCUGAAUUUCCCUGCUGCAUUUAACAUGGCUGGAGGAGUAAUUGCUGGAGUGGUCCUGCAGAUGAGUUUAUUAAUCUUCAUCAUCACUGGCUUGGUGAUCCUGGCGUAUUGUUCACAGGUCAGCAAUGAGAGCACAUAUCAGGAAGUAGUUCGUGCUGUAUGUGGGAAGGUUCUGGGAGUCUUAUGUGAGAUCGCCAUCGCUGUCUACACCUUUGGCACUUGCAUAGCCUUCCUCAUCAUCAUCGGAGAUCAGCUAGACAAGUUGAUUGGUGCAGUGGCUCAUGAGUCAGAGGCAGCAGUCAACUCUCACUGGUACACGGACCGCAAGUUCACCAUCACAGUCACAUCAGUGCUCAUUAUACUCCCACUCUCCAUUCCUAAGGAGAUUGGCUUUCAGAAAUAUGCCAGCAUGCUGAGCGUUAUUGGCACCUGGUAUGUGACAGUCAUAAUUAUCAUCAAAUAUAUUUGGCCUGACAAAGAGGUUUCUCCUGGAAUCAUUCCAACCAGCCCUGCAUCCUGGACCGAUGUGUUUAAUGCCAUGCCGACAAUCUGCUUUGGCUUUCAGUGUCAUGUGAGUAGUGUUCCAGUGUUUAACAGCAUGAAGAAGGCUGAGCUUAGGUCCUGGGGUGGUGUGGUCACGUUCAGCAUGAUCAUCUGCCUCUUUGUUUAUACAGGCACAGGGGUGUGUGGUUUCCUGUCUUUCGGCUCAAUUGUGAGCCAAGAUGUUCUGAUGUCAUACCCAUCUAAUGAUGUGGCUGUGGCCAUUGCCAGGGCCUUCAUCAUCAUCUGUGUGGUCACCUCCUAUCCUAUACUGCACUUCUGUGGAAGGGCAGUGCUGGAGGGUCUCUGGCUGCGUUUUAAGGGUGAGGAUGUGGACACAGAUGUAGCAAGAGAGAGGAGACGAAGGCUGUUGCAGACUCUCAUCUGGUUCUGCCUCACGCUCCUCCUUGCCCUCUUCAUUCCUGACAUCGGUCGCGUCAUCUCACUCAUUGGCGGCCUGGCUGCCUGCUUCAUUUUUGUGUUUCCAGGGUUGUGUUUAAUUCAGGCCAAGCUGUCGGAGCAUGAUGUAAGAUCAGCCAGCUGGAAGGGACUGGUGACUUAUGGAGUCAUCCUGGUUACUAUCGGAGCCUUCAUCUUUGGCCAGACCACCACCAAUGCCAUCUGUCAAGAUAUCGACCAUUCCAGAAACUUAUAGCCAAGAGGGUCCUGGUAUCCCACUGACCUUGGCACCCAGAAACAAAGUCCUUUGGUGAAGGGGUGCAGGCUGUCCCUGCUACUUAUGCACUGACCACAUUCUCUAAAUGAUUUUAAAUGUGCAGUUAUAACAAGACAGUCAGAAUAAGCCAACAGGGUCCUACCUCUUAUGAAAGCCAGAAGAUGACAGCAUGUAGCAUGAUCCCUGCUGCUCUUGGUGUGUAAAAAUCAGGCACCAACGCAUAACACACUACACACUUUAUGGGCGCACACAACUUUUUAAAAGAAUUUUAAGUUUAAAUUUGUUGCUCAGAUAGACACAUUUUUAAUGCACUAUUACAAACACUGAAACAAAUCAGGUUCAGUGUGCGGAGGAGUUACCAACAUUUUCCCAUUUAUUCUGUUUUCAUAAAUAUUUUCUUUGAUCUUGUUUUGUCUGUUCAUAAUUUUGUGCCAUUAUAGAUGGUUUGCUCACCAAGCAGAAAGUCAAGGUCUCCAUUUAAAAUUAUUCUGCUUAUUAUUUUAACUUUUUUUCAGGUGAAUUGAAUAUGAAACAAGACGGAAAAGUCAUGUUUUAGGGGCCGUUGCCUGGUUGUAUAAAACACCUUAAGCAAAAUUCUCCAUUAGGAAAACCCCUAAAGGGCACAUAAAGAAUUGCACAGUAAGAGCUGAACGGUCCUCCUCGCGUGUUUUUUCUUAAACUUGAAAUAAUGAGUGCGUUCGCAUGCAUUUAAACGAGUUGUUAUUUUUAAGUACAAUAAGUCACUUUUGAUCUAGACUAUCAGUAUAGAAGGGAGAGCAAAUCAAGAAACUUAUGCUGAUAUUAAAAUUCAAAUGCACUGGAGUUCUCCCCUGGAACUGUCAGUUUUUCUCUGUGUGUGUGUGUGUAAAAUAAAUAAUUUUAUAUAUAUAUAUAUAUAUAAAAUAUGCUUUUUGUGAUGUCAUGUUCAUAAAUUCACUGUUUACAAAGUGGGAAGAGCACUGUGCAGAAGCAGUUGCAUUGUUUCCAUCAAAGGCGAAGCUACAGAGGACUUUUAAUUUUGCAUGACUGAUAUGAUCGUGAUAACUGGGCAAUCAAAUUUGGAUUAAAUUUAAAACAUUGAAAACUUGUGUUGCUUUGUGAAAGUCAUAUUUCAUUAGAUCACUUUUAGCCAUUACUUGAACUUUUAAAUCCAUGUCUGUCACUUUGAUCGUCAAUACAGUAAUAAUCAGUUUAAAUACGGUUCAAGCAAGUUCAUUAUUGAUCAGUGUUGUACACAAAAUAUGUCGAAGGUUUACAGUUUUUUUUUUUUUAAAGGAUGAGUAAUGCACUUUUGUUUGAAAUCAAUAAAGGGAAAUUAUUCAGUCCAA